AUGUCGCAAGUCAAAAUACACAGUUUCUACCGCAUCUGGUUUACCUGGGUCGAUCCCCUGGUUCUCAUCCCAACCGUCUACUCACUCAUCUUCACCCCCGAGUUCAUGCUCGAUGGCCUCAUCCCAUCUAGCAUGUCACCGUACAACCCCGACCAAGCAUUUCUCUUUCAUCAACUCGCCGCCUCGUACUUAUUUAUCGGAAUUAUGCUGGGUGUUGUUCUCCGCAUAAGUUCUGACAUCCAAGUGUGGAGAGUUAUCAUCGGCGCUGUGUUGCUUGUUGAUAUUACGAUUCUGGUCAGCGUUACUGCCAGCAUGAAACAACAAGGGCGGUCCGAGCUUUCGCAAUUCAGGUGGCAGGACUGGGGUAAUUAUUUGUUCACUGGUUGGGUUGCUCUUCUGAGAACAACCUACACACCACAAUCUCAACUCAUCACUACCGCCAUCAUGGUUUCCGAACUCACCCAGCCUCAGCCUGAAAUCCAUGAUCAUCAGAUCCACCCUGGUCUCAUCUUUAGCAUUGAGCGUCUUCGCCAGGGUCUCGAAUGGUGGUACGGUCGUAACAACUUCACCGUGUUUGGCGACAUCAUGCAGCUCACUGUCCGUGUCCACAUCCUUGACCCUGAGAAUCUGGUUGAGCGCCUCCAGCAAGACAACUACCUUCGCCGUGAGCGUUUGGAGAAAGUCCCUAAGCUGGUCUCCGAGAACAUCAAAGCCAACGGUUGGUAUCAGAUUCAGCCUUUUGACCGAGAGUAA